UUGGUGUCACCCAUGGUUCUGCCUUACACAUUGCGUAGUAAAGGAUUACUUUAGGCACAACCUGUGACCUUACUGGAGCAGAGACGACUUUAGGAGUAUGCCACAGGGUGUUUUGCGGUGGUGUGUCAACUCUCUUUACACGGAUACGUGAACGGUGCGCGGUGAUAUAGAGCCAGGAUACAUGGCCUACUUCCAGAGGCUGAAGAUCCAUGUGUCCGUGGCCAUCGUGCUUGUGCUUGUCUCUGCAGCGACGGAAGUUGAAGCCACAGAAUUUCAGGGUCUGAAAGACCUGAAAACACAGGUGAGCGACUUAGCGAAAAGGUGGCAUGAGUGUAGCGUAUCGCUAACUGGUAUGGCCGAGGUUCCCGGUGAGCUAAAGGAUUUGAAAGCGCAAGUGGAAGCAAUGAAAAAUAAGAGAUACAAUACAGCGUCCAACUUAAUACCCCCUGUGCCGGGUCUGAGCAUUGAUGCAGCGUUCAAGAAGGUUCUAGAGAUCGAUAAAAGACUUAGUGCAAUGGAGGUAGAAAACAAAAGUUUACGCGAAGCUAUGGAACAGAUGAAACGAGACAUGCAUUCAGAGCGGCUUGAAAGGAAGAGCAGCGUGCAGGCUGUACGAGCUGAAGCAAGGAGUGUUGCGGAACUGCUGGUGCCGGAAGUGAAACAAACGUUAGUGGAGCUUCCAUCGAUGGUAGCGAAAAUGAAACGUUUUUUCAGAACUGGCAGAGACGUAAUGCAGUUUUUGUCACCAACAAGAUCUCCAAAUGAUACGGCCGAUCAAGACAAGUUGAACACCGUUCAGAUGGAGAGAAAUUCAGUAGCUGUGCUAGAGGAAGAAACCAGCGAACCCACCAAUGAACUAGACGCCGAGGUUAACGCUGCGGCCUAUAAUCAACGCGGUAACGUGCCACACCACAGCUCUCUACAGAAGUUUGAAAUUGGGAGUGGUAUUCAAGAAAAGAUCUAUAAUAGUACUAUUCCGACACUUGUCACUCAUUUUGCUGAAAAUGACUCCUAUACACAGCCAAACUUUACUGAAACAGCAUUACACAGCGAAGCAUUGAAAAACGCAAGAUAUGGCAAUGUCAGUGAAAUUGAGUUUGUUGGACAAGAAAGAAAUUUUUCUAUUUCCAUCACAGACGGCAAAGUAACCAGCUGCAUGGAAUACGGUUCGAACAGUUACAACAUAUCAAAUUCUAGCACGGAGCCUUGUGAUGGUUUCAGAGUCGAAAUGGAUUUUGGAGGGCACGGAACAGGAGAGCGAAUGGUGCCUAUAUCUGAUGACUUCACUAAACACAGGUGGUCUAUUGAAAACGCCAUCGUGUUCAUGGCCAUAGAACUGCAAAGGUUAAGGAAAAGAGUUGCCGAGGAGGCGUUAAACGACAGAGAUGAACGGCUUGAGGAGAUUGCCGAAAACAUGAUGAGAAAGAUGAAUGAAAUGAAAUAUUCUAUCGAAGGCGAAAUGGAACAAGGCCUUGUGAACAUCAGCGUUAAGAUUGAAGAAAUUAUAGGGGUUUUAACACAAUAUAAUUUGACUCACCUUGAAGGCACAACUCAAGAAAUAGCAAGGAACACUAGUUCACUUUGGGAGAGUAUACACAAUGCACAUAAUAAAAUGCAGCAUGUGCAGCACCAAUUUUCAGAAGCUAUAGAAAGUAGCAAUGUUGGCAACAACGCCUCUUUUCAUUUGAUGAAAGAAAACCUCGCAUUAUCUGUGAGCCAACUUGAAGCGCUGAAUAAGUCACUGCAGAGAUUUGUUGCAGAAAGGGAAACGGUACUCAAGGGCAAACUGGAAGUGUUGAAUUCUGCAAUAGAACUUAAUAUGAGGCAGCUUACCGAAACUGUACAAGAGUGUUGCUCGGCAGUUGAGGGGCUUAAUGGGACCACUCAGGGAGUCCAGGCUUCUUCUCUAUAUGAGUUAAGCAAAAAUAAUAACAGCAGCAUCGCUUCCACGGAAAUCAAACUGCAAGCACGGAUGGAUGAUCUGGAUCACAGGUUGCUCAGUGAAAUCGAGCACCUAAAGGAAAUGAUGAAGAUGAAGUCACCUGCUCAACUGCCAAUCUUCAGUGGAUGGCACCCAGCGGGCAACAAAACGACAUGACGCCAUCCAUACUUUACCAUGGGCUAAUCGGCGACGAGCUGGCCUCUGCGGACGACAAUGACAGCUUGGUGGUUCGACCUGAGACAACCUUGCUACUCAAGUGUCUCUACCCUCGGCAACGCGGCAACGUUACCUGGCUUCAUAACGGAACUGUCCCGCGUGAUGCCACUCUCGCCUGGGCCCAGGAAGGUCCAGCAGAUCUUGGCGAAAACGUAUACUUGUUGCAGAUUAACCGCACUUUACCUGAGCACUCUGGGACUUACCGCUGCGAAACGCCUGAUGGCAUGAAUCACUCCAUCAAAAUCAAGAUAUCAGAUGUGACCUGUCAAGCACCCAUCGCCCCUGAGAAUGGUCACGUGGACAUACCCUCUGCAGGAGGGGCCGUUGUGGGAAGCACAGCUCGAUUCCGCUGCUCCUUAGGAUAUGAACUACAUGGGCCCAAUGAAAGCACUUGCCUGGGAAGCGGUCGUUGGUCAGAGCUGUCGAAGUGUCAGGAAAUAGAUGGUUUCUCGCUGCUGAAAGGAUCCUGCCUGCGACCGGUCAUUCCAGAGGAGUUCUCUUUGAGUCCCGACAAGGACUGGUAUGAGACGGGCCAACGCAUUACCUACCGCUGCCAGGGAGGCAAGGUUCUUAUUGGCAUGCCUACCGCCACGUGCCACGAAGGCCAAUGGAUAGGUCAAAACCGACGCUGCCUGUGACAUGCAUCGCAACCGAAGGACAAUAUUCUUCCGAUUUCAAUAAUGAACAUAAAACAACAAGUUAAAACA